AUGGUGCGUGAGCGUGGGCAUGGCGCCGCGUGGUUGCAGGCCUCGCGUUCGUACUCUCGCCGCCGCGGCCGGCGAACGCUCAAGGGCCCGUUGCGCGCGCUGCGCCUCUGCCUGCUGGCCGUCCUCCUGCCGGGCCUCCUGGUGGCCGGGCCGCUGUACCUGCGCUUCCACAUCUACGCAGACCAGGUGUACCCGCUCGCCAUGUCCGACAUGCGCCUUCUGGACGGCCGCGUCUCCACCACGUGGUGUCAGAGGCAAGUGGUGCGCGCCAACGCCACCUUCAACGCCUUCCUGCUGCCCGAGCAACCGCAAGUGGCCCCCGAGAAGAAAUCCGUGUCCAUGGUGCGCGACCUCCUGCUGGAGGACGACAUGAAGGAGUACUGGGCCUUCUACCUGCUGCGGGGCUCCUCCAUCACGGUGUCCGCGUGCGUCAACCACCCGGGCGCGUCGCUGGUGGUCAUCCGCGGCCACAAGCACCUGCACGACUGCGCCUACAUCGGCGACAACUCCUCCGAGGAGCUGGACGAGGUGGCGGAGGCCGAGGCGCGGGCGGCGGAGGAGGCGCAGGAGGCGGCGGCGGCGGCGCAGGCGAGGGCCCCGGGUGGGCGGCGGUCGGGCGCCGACGCCGCGCGCAGCGCCGAGGACGACAGCCAGCCCGCGGUGCGGCGCCGCGUGCGCCCGGAAGUGAAGCUCCUGGGCGCGCACCCGCCGCUGGACUCGAAGGAGUUGCUGGCGCACCCGCACCCGCACGAGCCGGACCCCGAGGACGGCGCGCUGCGGCACAUUCUCAACAAGGUGGCGCAGAAGCGGGCUGGCGUCGGCCGGCGGCGCGGCGGGGGCAGCACGGAGCUCUACAAGGUGGACGGAGCCGGUGACUCCCGCGCCUCGGCUACGCCCUCGGCCACGGCCUCGCCCGCCCCGCCGCCGCGUCGGCCGCCCCCAGCGCCCGCGCCCAGCCUCGCAGCCGGCGCCGCGCCCUCGUCCAGCGAGGUGUUCGAAGAAGUGCUGCGAAAGCUGCGCGCGCUGGGCCACCGCGGCAACGCCGUGCUGCGCAGGCUCAACCACCAGCUGGAGCGCACGUCCGUCGCCAGCGAGGCCGCGGCCGCCGCCACCGCCGCCACGGCGCACGCGCCGCCCUCGCCGCCUCCCGCGACCGCUGGGCCCGUCCCCUCCGCCCUCACCCCCGCCCCCGCGGACUCCGCCUCCGACGAGGACUCGUCGCCGGAGGCCGACACGCUGACGGACGCGCUGGGCGAGCCGGGCGCCAUGGACGCCCUCCGGGAGCUGGUGCGCCGCUUGCUCAAGGAGCACGCGGACGAGACGGCGACGCAGGCGGCGCAGGCGGCAGGCGGACGCCGCCGCCGCGCCAGCCCCUCCCCGCACCAGCAGCACCAGCAGCACCAGCCGCACCCACCCGACGCGCCGCACAAGCGCCGCUCCGCGCACUCCCCCGAGGCGCGCCUGGCCGCGCAGCGCUGGAGCGCCGACGACGAGAAGGACAACGUGGCGCUCGAGAUGUACUGCACCGCGAAUCACCACGAGCGGGUGAACGAGACCGAGGCCGGCGACUUGGACUCGUCCAACAGCGAGUUCUGGUCGUCGUUCUCCAGCUCGGAGGAAGCGCUGCUCAGCUGCACGGGCCUGGUGCUGAACCUGCCGCUGCACCCGCACCACCAGUGCACGCCCACCGCCGACCCCGGCCGCCUGCACGCCGCCUCCACGCGGAACACGCUCACGUACAGGGUACCAACCAAUGGAUAUUACUUCUUCGUUUUCGGAAGCGAGAAUGAAGUACAAACUAACUACAUCCGAGCCCACUUUCAUCUAGAGCGAGUUGUAUACAACGUCUCGUCGCCUGUAGCAUCCUGCCACAACACCACUCAGCCGUGUGCCUUGCCUCUGGACUUUUUCUCAAGUGAGAAACUUGUUUUGGAAAUGCCCGUGCGUCCUAAUGCAUCACUUUGGAACGAGGAAUUUCUAGUCGUUUCUUCGUGCGAACCUCGCACGGCUUUGUACGUGGCCUGUAUUGUCGCAGUUCCAAUGCUCAUCGUCAUGUUUGCUUUCCAGUGACGGCAAUUGUUUGCCCAGAGGUAAACAUGUCAGCAGUGUCGUGUGUCUUAAAGGAUUUUAGAUGCAGCACAUCCACAAUGUCUUACGUUUCUGGAGUUACGGAGAAGAAUAAACUACUCAGGAUCAAAUGAUCUGACAAUUUUUGCAAAAUUGUAAAUGUUAUUUUGUUUCAUUGUAACAAGAUAAAGUGAUAAUUUCUGUUAUCAACAAAUAUUAUGCAUGAAGGCUAUGUAGUUCUUACUUUGUUCAUCGUAAUUCAUUACACAGAAGCACGAUAGGAAGAACUGAAAUGAAUUUAUGCCGCUGAAAUGUUGUGAGAAAAUGAUUGUCAUUGUGACCUAGUAUUAUUCAGGAAUGUAGUAUCUUCGAUCUUUCUUUUAUUCUGAAUCCCAAUAUUUCUUAGGUUUGUUAUUUAUGACUUCAUGAAUCAAAGAAUUGAUGUGUAUUUGUAUAAUGUAUUUCAGUUGUAUCGUAACUUUGAAAUACUUUUUUAUGUGUCCUGGGAUUCAGAACUAUUCUUUACUUAUUAUUUCUUAAGUACCUUACAUAUUCAUGCAAUAAUCAUGUAAUUUUAGAAAAAGGUAUGAACUUUUUUGCAUCAAAUGUUAAUAACAUUUGGCAAAAAUGAAUUAAAAUUUUAACUUCGAGUGUUCUUACUUUCUUUCAUGUUCUUGGAAAUGUGCUGGAGUAUUUUUUAUAAAUUGUAUUUGACAUGCUAAUUAUCCUCUUCAGAAUUGUUCUGAUCAGAUAGGUGGUUGCCAGACUUUUAUAUCUAUGCAUCAGCGUUGCAAUAAUCAUAUACAUUUAAUAACCUUGCAAUAGACUAGAGGGCUCUGGUUAAAUGAUAAUAGCUAUCUAGUCAUUCACAUGUCAUUUUCUAAACCAGUUCCUUCAAUUCUUAAGCAAGCUUUCUGUUUUUAAAGUUGUUUAUUGGUAAAAAGUUUUAAAAAAUAUAAUGAAUGCUGUAUUGUCCUCUAAAUAAUUAGAGCUUGAAAAGAGGUUUAACGUAAACAUAUUCAUCUGAUUUUGUAUGAAUUGUUUUGCUAUUCAGACCAUGCUUAGGUUCACUGGUUGGAGAUGUUAGUUUGCGGCAACAGACAGAGCGUAGAUAGGGAUUCAGAGUGGAUAACAUAUAAUGAGGUACAUUGAGAUUACUUUGAUCUUUAAUAAAAAUGUUUACAUUUUUCUGGUCUUAAGAAGUUUUAAAAAAAGAGAAAAAUGAAGUUGAUCAUUCACUGUAAAAAAAUAGAAUGCCACAUAUUUUGAACUAGAGAGUGCUUAUUUACAUCCAAUAUAAUACUACAUUAUAUGGACUUCAAUUCAAUAAUCAAAACAUAUCUCAGUGGAAUGAUUUUUGCAAGACACUUCUUUUUAGAUUCUAAAGAAGGAAUUUUUUCUUCUUCCAGAACUGACAUUAUAAAAGAAGUCUGUUAGUGGUGAUUUCAAAAUUAUUCCCUGCUUCCUCUUUCUGUUGGUCUCUUAUUUGACUUUGGGAACUGUGUACCUGAUUUUGAAGGAACAUGUGUAAAGUAAUGUAUGCAUUUUGUGUACCUACUAUUUGAUUGGAAGUAUGAAUUCGGGAGCUUAUACUGUAUAUAUGAGUAUAAAACUGUGAUGAGGUUAAUAUUCCUAAAACAAAAUAUUUUAUGUAUGUGAUUGUAGAGACUGUGAGGUGGUUAUUUCUUACAAUACUAUUUUCAUAUUGUGAAUUAUUAGUAAUUAUGAAUGUAAUGCAUCCAGUGUGAGGAUAGCAGGGAAAUGUAUAGUAAUAUAUUAUGAAAUAACUAAAAUACAAAUGUUUGUUAUUAUGUUAAGUUAGUAAUUUUGUAGUGAAAACCAAAGACACCAUGGCUAUGAAGCACAAUGUUAAUUAUGAUGUGGGAAAGAGUAAUUAGAGUAGAAUUUCUUGUAUUUUGCAUUUAAAUGGUUAUACUUCCAAUACAAAAUUUGACCGUAAUGAAAAGGUGUCUUCAUAAUUAAAAGACUUAUUGAUGGAAGUUUUGUGUGGUUUAUAAUAAUAUGUGAGAUUUAUGGCUUUAAAAGAAACAGAGUGUAUGGUUCUUGUGAAAAGUUAACAUAUUUUCAGAUUCUUGUACACAUUUUUGCUUAUAAUGGUGUGGUGCAAAAUAUAUUUUAUAAGAGGAUUAACUUUUAAUUCAUGUUUAUGGUAAUAAAAUAUAGAUUUUUUUAAUUGAUCUUUGGAAAUUCACAAACAUUUGUAAUAAAAAAUGUGUGAUCUUAAUUACAAGAUAAGAAAUAAAUAAAAUGUAUGCUUUAUGUACUACUCUAAUAAUUCAUCUUAAAGUAAAAGUAAAUUAAUCGGGUGAAGAAUUUUCUUGGCAGCAAAAUCAUACAUGUUAGUGCAAAGUGCCUUGUUGCUGAUGCACCAGAAAGUAUGUAUUGAACAUGGUAGAAUUUGGCUGACUGCCUGUGGUUGAGUGAGAAUAAAAGAAGUCCUGUUCUGAUUGUGCUCCUGUUGGCAGGUCUCCAUGUUCCAUGUGCUUCUUCUGUAGGUGGCUGGCAAUUCUGCCUGCCAAUGGAUGUGUUGAUUGUGAAUGAGAUCUGUGAUAUUGCAAAGAUAUCUUUUAGUCUGAUAUAUUUUAUAAAUUGUAGACAAUACAAUUUUGAAAUAAUGUGAA